CUCCCACGCAGCCAAACCAGUAUAAACAUUUCUGUACAGUGAGGAUACUCCCCAGCUCUCAUGGUUACCUACAGGGACAGACAUGGCACAAACCGACAGACAAAGUUCAACUUUCCCUGAGAUCGUGGAGCUGAACGUGGGCGGGCAGGUGUAUGUGACCCGUCUGGAAACUCUCACCGCGGUCCCCAACUCUCUCCUCUGGGCCAAGUUCACCCAGAGCUCCCCGGCGGAGCUGCCCAAAGACAGCAAGGGCCGCUUCUUCUUCGACCGGGACGGCUUUCUGUUCCGCUACAUUCUGGAUUACUUGCGCGACUCGGAGCUUUUCCUGCCCGAGUUUUUCAAAGAGAAGCGGAGGCUGCAGAAGGAGGCGGACUUCUUCCAGCUGCCGGAGCUGUCGAGGCGCCUGGCAGCGGCCAGUAAGGACAGCUCGUACACGGAGGACAGCGGCGACCCGGAGGAGGCUGAGCUCCUCAGCCCGGUCACCUCCUCCUCCGACCGGGCGCUGCGCUCUCCCGGGGCCGCCGCCGGCUUCAUCACCGUCGGCUACAGAGGCAGCUACACCAUCGGGAGGGACAUCCAGGCGGACGCCAAGUUCCGCAGGGUGGCCAGAAUAACCGUGUGUAGCAAGAUCUCUCUGGCUAAGGAGGUGUUCGGAGAAACCCUGAACGAAAGCCGAGACCCGGACCGGCCGCCUGAUAAAUACACCUCCAGGUAUUACCUCAAGUAUAACUUUCUGGAGCAGGCGUUUGACCGGCUGGCCGACGCUGGUUUCCACAUGGUGGCCUGCAGCUCCACCGGGACCUGCUCCUACGGCAGCAGUGACCCCGGAGAGGACAAACUGUGGACCAGCUACACCGAGUAUGUCUUCUGUCGAUGAGCUGAGUGUGUAGGGGUGCAUUUAGGCUCACUCUGGGGAAUAAAACCAUCAUUAGUUGCAUCAAUUAACAUCCAAAAGUGGCAGUUUGAGUUUUCAGUAUCUUCUGGUUUUUUUUUUUUGUUUUUUUUUAUCAGUAGGAUCAGGAUGCACCAGAGCCAACUUUUCUGCCAUUUUCUUCCUCUCCUGGUCUAAAUCUCUUUGGGUAGUGGGAAGCAAAGGCAAAGUGACUUGUCUAAUAUAUCACUGACUUCUCAACUGGGUUAUUUUAAGGCCUUAUAACCUUUAUGGCUUUUACAAAGACUGUUUUGUUCUUAAGUAAAUGACAUAAAUGGCUCCUCUGGCAGGCAGAAAUGUUAGGCUGCUUUCUUCUGAUCCUUCCUGAGUUGUGCUUGCAUCUUCCUGUUAGUGUAAAUAGUCUGUUUUUGUCUGUUUUUGACCUGCAGCUCCUGUAUUCUUAUUUUUUAAUCUCCCCAGACUUUAAUUUUGUAUAUUGACAGUAGGUUGCUUUGAUGGUAUGAUUAUUUCAUUGUUGCGUACAGUACCGCUGCUUUGAAGAUUACACUUUGAGAUGUUUUUUUUGGUUCUUUUUUGUGCCAUCUUUGGGCGGAUGUAAUUGUUUCUUCUUUAGAUAUAAAGGUACAGCAAAUAAAGUGUGACAUUGGAAAAUUUUCCACCUCA